AUGUCUGAACAAGAGCAUGGCUCUCCCGAACUUGCACCAUCGGAGACCAAUAAUGACAACAAUUCCAAUGAAUCCGUUAUCAACAAUAAUGAUGAAAAACACCAAGAUAUUAACAACAAUCAACAAACAGAUAAAAAGUUGAGCAAGGAAGAGAAAUUACAAAAACGAAAGGAAAGAUGGGACAAUAAACGAGAAAAAUUCAAGAAUCACAAAAAGAAAAAGAAGGAAAUCAAGCAAGAACAAAAAAAGAAGGAAAGUGAUGAAUUCUUUGAAAAGUUAAGAGAGGAGUUGUCAAAAGAGGAAUUUGAUAAAUUGAUGGAGGAAAAUAAGAAAAAGAAGGAAGCACGAAUCGAAUCACAAAGAAAGCAAAAAGAAGAAAUGCACAAAAAAUUACAACAAGUGAUGACCAAUGGCCUUUCCAAUGAUUCAAACGUAUGCAUUAAUAUUGACUGCUCGUUUAAUGACAAGAUGACCGACGGAGAAAUUGUAUCAUUGUCCCAACAACUUGGAAAAUGUUACGCUGCAUAUAGAAAAAUGAGUUCUCCUUUUUAUUUGACAGCAACUUCAUUGGAUGGUGCAUUAUAUGAAGAUAUGAAAAAGUUUGAAGGAUUUCCAGAAAAAUGGCUCAUGCACCAUACCACAAACCAUUUCACAAAAGAAUUUGAAAAGCAAUAUAAGGAAAAUAAGAUUAUUUAUUUAUCAGCGGAUGCAGAAGAGGAAAUUACAGAAUUUCAAAAUGGUUAUGUCUAUGUCAUUGGUGGAAUUAUUGAUCGAAACAGACAUAAAAAUCUCUGCAACACUCUCGCCAAGGAUGACUACAAACUCCCAACAGCUAAAUUUCCUCUCGAGAAACACGUAGAUAUGAAAGCUGCCACCGUCCUCACCACCAAUCAAUGUGUUGAAAUCAUUGCCACUGUAAUGGAAUUGAAACAACAAAAUCCCUCUCAGAGCCAUGACGACAUUUGGAAUCAAGCGCUCCAACAAAUUAUUCCCCUUAGAAAACGAAAAGUUUAG